CUUAGAGAGUAUCGUCACGUGUCACUUAGAGAGUGUCGUCACGUGUCACUUAGAGAGUAUCGUCACGUAUCACUUAGAGAGUGUCGUCACUUAGAGAGUAUCGUCACGUGUCUCUUAGGGAGUAUCGUCACUUAGAGAGUAUCGUCACGUGUCACUUAGAGAGUGCCGUCACGUGUUACUUAGAGAGUAUCGUCACGUGGGCCAGGCGUUGUGUCACGGCGCCCUCCCCCCUUGCCCAGCGGUGCGUGCGGGCUACUCGGGGGACCUUUGCCUCUGUGUUGUUGUUGUUGUUGCCGUGUCCCGCGCGCGCGAGCCCAGAACAUGCUGAAGCUGCAGGUGACGGGCGAGGGGAGAUGUCGGACCGGCGUGCUGGUGCCCAUCCCGCAGUACCCCCUCUACUCGGCGGCCAUCGCUGAGCUGGGCGCCGUGCAGAUCGGCUACCAGCUGGACGAGGCCCACGGCUGGGCGCUGGACGUUGCCGAGCUGCGCCGUGCCCUGGGCGAGGCGCGUCACGUGUGCCGCCCCCGCGCCCUCUGCGUCAUCAACCCCGGCAACCCCACCGGUCAGGUGCAGAGCAGGAAGAACAUUGAAGAGGUGAUCCGCUUUGCUGCAGAGGAGAAGCUCUUCCUCAUGGCCGACGAGGUGUACCAGGAGAACGUUUAUGCCGACGGCUGCGAGUUCCACUCCUUCAAGAAGGUGCUGUUUGAGAUGGGGGCCGAGUUCAGCGAGAGGGUGGAGCUGGCGUCCUUCCACUCCACCUCCAAGGGCUACCUGGGCGAAUGUGGCUUCCGUGGCGGCUACAUGGAGGUGGUGAACCUGGAGGCGGAGGUGAAGGCGCAGCUCUUGAAGCUGGUGUCGGUGCGGCUGUGCCCGCCGGUGCCGGGCCAGGCGGCGCUGGGCGUGAUGGUGAACCCCCCGCAGGCCGGGGAGCCCUCGCACGCCGCCUUCGUCAGGGAGAGGCAGGCCGUGCUUAGCGACCUGGCCGAGAAGUCCCGGCUCACGGAGAAUCUCCUCAACGCCAUCCCUGGCAUCCACUGCAACCCCGUGCAGGGCGCGAUGUACGCCUUCCCACGCAUCACCCUGCCGGCACGCGCCCUGCAGGAAGCCGCGGCUGCUGGCGUGGCUCCGGACAUGUUCUACUGCAUGCGGCUGCUGGAGGAGACGGGGAUUUGCCUCGUGCCCGGCAGCGGCUUUGGCCAGAAGGAGGAGACGCACCACUUCAGGAUGACGAUCUUGCCGCCCGUGGCCAAGCUGAAGGUGCUGCUGGAGAAGCUUGCCGCCUUCCACGUCCGCUUCACCCACGACUUCUCGUAGGGGGCUGGGGGGCAAGCCCCUCCCCCCCCCCACCACCGACCCCUCCCCUCCCACCGCCCCCCCCCACCCCACCGUGUGCUCAGAUUUUUACCCAGAGGGAUGUUUUAAAAAUAAAAAGAUUCGGGCGGACCGGUCAUUAGCCCCACCGCCGCCACCGCCGCCAUCAGCUGAUCGUUGGCGCAGCGACCGCGGGGGGGGGGGGGGGGGUCAUCACGUGAUGGGGGGGAGAGGGGGGGUCAUCACGUGAUGGGGGGGAGAGGAGGGGGGACGCUCCCGUCGUGUGGUUAACAAGAACGGCCCGCAGAAGCGGACUUCACAGAGCUACCUCCGAGAUCCCUUCCUCUUCGUAGAGGGGGGCAGCCGCGGUGGCAAUGAGAUGUUAACCGCCUCACCUGGUAUGCAGGAGGUCGUGGGUUCGAUUAUGACCCUGACGACGCCUGCUGCUGCUGCUGCUGUAUAUUUGUAGUUUGCAUUGUGUCUCUCCCCGUGGUCCGUGCGGAUUCUGCAACGGGUCCUCCGGGUUUUUCCCGUCCACAUUUGAGAAUCAACGCCAGGCGUCUGGAGACGAUUUGGCUGCUCGAAAUGUCCACGUGAUGAUAGGCCGCUUCGUUGAGCCAUCAUUUGUGACGGCCAGGUCGCUCAGUGGGGCCUUACCCGAUAAGAUAAAAAUAAAUAGUUUAGUUUUAGUGGUGCUCUGGUCCACACAGAACGGCCCACGGAAGUGCACAUCACAGAGCUGAGCUACCUCUGAGAUCCCCUUCUGCUUUAAGCGAUCCACACGCAUAGUAGAGGGGGGGGGGGGCGGCGGGGGGUGGGGGGCACCUUCCCACACGCCCGGCCCGCCACGCGAGAGCAAUGCUCGUUGAAGUGCACAAUCCUAAUUGAACGCGAUUGUUUUUUUAAAAAGUUUUAAUUUUCUUAGUGCGCAGUCAUCGGUGACUGGAGCCGAGGCGGACACCCAACGCGCUGUGCCGCCAGAUCGCCCGGUUCCAUCGCCCGGUUGGAUCAUCCGGUUCCAUCGCCCGGGUCGAUCGCCCGCUUGGAUCAUCCGGUUCCAUCGCCCGGGUCGAUCGCCCGCUUGGAUCAUCCGGUUCCAUCGCCCGGGUCGAUCGCCCGCUUGGAUCAUCCGGUUCCAUCGCCCGGUUCGAUCGCCCGCUUGGAUCAUCCGGUUCCAUCGCCCGGGUCGAUCGCCCGGUUCGAUCGCCAGCUACGAUCGCCUGAUUCGAUCGCCCGCUUAGAUCAUCCGGUUCGAUCGCCCGGGUCGAUCGCCCGGGUCGAUCGCCCAUUACGAUCACCUGGUUCGAUCGCCGGUUCGAUCAUCCACUUCGAUCGCCCGGUUCGAUCGUCCGCUCGACCCGGGCCGUCCACCCGGAGCGGCCAAGCGGGGGUGGGGUGGGGGGAGCGCCCGUCGGUCGAAACCGCUCCCCCGAUGAUGGCGAAUUCUGCUUUUAACAUUUAAUCGGCGAGGUUUCCUCUCCGUGCGCCCCAUUAUCUUUUAACAGAUCUCCUAGACAUGCCGUGGCCUAGUUCGGCGUGGUGGGGGGUCACGUGCCCCGCGACGUCCAACGUCACGGCAAUACCCCAUUGUUUCCACGAAUGCCGCCGUCUGCGAUCCCCGUAGAACGUCCUUCACCGCGUUGGUUAUGAACAUUGCACAUGAAGCGAUGUGAAAGGCACGGCGCGUGGCACGGCGCGUGGCACGGCGCGUGGCACGGCGCGUGGCACGGCGCGUGGCACGGCGCGUGGCACCGCCGUGGUGCACAGAACACGGCCUGCGGUGGUUUCACCGAAGUGGGGCGACAGUUGCCGCCGUGCGCCAUCUCGAUCGAGCCAUUUGCGGUGUGAUAUGUUUUUAUUAUCAUCAUGAUGAUGAUUAUUAUUAUCUCGAACUCGGCUCAAAUUUGACCCAGCCUCUCAUUUCCGAACGACGCCAACGCAGCCUAUUAGCAACGGCACCCGGGGCGGAAUACGUGGCGUGUUUUGUGGUUGACGACUCCAACACGUUCCACGGCAUUAACCAGGGCGGCCUGCCGGGGUUCGAAGCGCGAACGGCACCGCCACUGCUGCCACCACCACCACCACCACCACGCUCGCCCUUCGCUGACGACGGCGGCGUCGCCGGCGGUGGCUGCGACAGCGAUGGCCGUAUAUAUUUAUUUUCUCCUUCGGAUUGUCUCGCCGCAGCCCGGCAAUUGUUUGCGCCCGUCGGUGAAGGGACGCACGUGACCGUUUUGAGCCACGUGUAGGCAGCGCGAGCGACCCUUUCUCUCGUCGAGAAGCGGGCAACGAGAGGGCUUAAUUCCAGCCGGCUCUGACCCCCACGGGGGUCACUAGACACACCACAUCCGGUAUAACUCUCCUUCUCUGGCUGCAGAAUCUGAAUAUUUGUUCAUACUGGAGGAAUCCGAUGAGCUAUUAAGCUCUUUUUCACACACGUCCAAUAGUUUCACAGUAGCCUGCCACCGAUCCUGUGCGCGAUUCCCAUUGCCCAUCUCACAAGCGGCGUGCCAUAGACAUCUAUAAGAGGCUCGUGGAAUUGCGCAGAGACAGACGAACACACGUUUUGCGGAGGAUCGUAAGCUUGCCUCAGAGACCCAACCACUUGCACGGAGGCUCAUUGGCUGACAGAGAGACGCACAAAGUUCUAUAGAGGCUCAUAGACUCGUAUAACCCGUGGACUUACAUAUUCAUAAACGAAAACGGACCCGAGUCACACGGAGUGAUCCAUACACUUAUAGAGAUUCGUAUACUCUUGCAGAGCCAUGGACUCACGUGUAGAUACAGUGACUCGCACAGAGAGCCCCGGGGUUGUGAUUGCGAUGAUCGCAGAGCCACUGUGCACGUGAAGCACAGGCGGGCUAGUGAUUAUAGACUCGUCAUGACGAUUACAAAAUACUUACACUGUGAUUAAUUAUAGUAGGUCUAAUGCAAUUAGCGUAUCACCAUGCAUUGGCCAUGGGAUUGCUAAGCCAAGGGCAGCACCAAUCGUGGUGCAUUCUGGGAUUGCUAAGCCGAGGGCAGCACCAAUCGUGGUGCAUUCUGGGAUUGCUAAGCCGAGGGCCGCACCGAUCGUGGUGCAUCCUGGGAUUGCUAAGCCGAGGGCAGCACCGAUCGUGGUGCAUUCUGGGAUUGCUAAGCCGAGGGCAGCACCAAUCGUGGUGCAUCCUGGGAUUGCUAAGCCGAGGGCAGCACCAAUCGUGGUGCAUUCUGGGAUUGCUAAGCCAAGGGCAGCACCGAUCGUGGUGCAUUCUGGGAUUGCUAAGCCGAGGGCAGCACCAAUCGUGGUGCAUCCUGGGAUUGCUAAGCCGAGGGCAGCACCGAUCGUGGUGCAUUCUGGGAUUGCUAAGCCGAGGGCAGCACCAAUCGUGGUGCAUCCUGGGAUUGCUAAGCCGAGGGCAGCACCAAUCGUGGUGCAUCCUGGGAUUGCUAAGCCGAGGGCAGCACCAAUCGUGGUGCAUCCUGGGAUUGCUAAGCCAAGGGCAGCACCGAUCGUGGUGCAUCCUGGGAUUGCUAAGCCGAGGGCAGCACCAAUCGUGGUGCAUCCUGGGAUUGCUAAGCCGAGGGCAGCACCAAUCGCGGUGCAUUCUGGGAUUGCUAAGCUGAGGGCAGCACCAAUCGUGGUGCAUUCUGGGAUUGCUAAGUCAAGAGCAGCACCGAUGAGGCCCUACGGGAUGAAGGGAGACACAACUCCACAACACUAACGCCCUUUGUCCUGUAGGUAACCCAUGCUGUGUGUUGCAGGGGCUGCCCCACGCAAGUUUUAACCUGGCAAGGGUUUGCGGGGGGGGGGGGGGCGGGGAAAUGAGAUAGCCACUUAUUUUUGUAAAUUGGUGGUAGACCACUGGCACUUUGCAAUGAUUGUAGCUGCCAGUAUAUAGUGCCUUUACAGACCGGGCGUUGUAACACGUCGUGCCUUCUCGUGCAUUAAUGAGCCACAGCCGUGCUUUACAGAUGUUUCAUAAAUGCUAUGAUCGAGAGAC